AUGUCGGGGGAACCCCCCAAACCGUCCCUCCCGCUGCUCUCACAGCCCCUCUUCCGCCUACAACUCCCGGCGCCCCCUGCGCGCCGCGCGCUGACGGCGGGCGGGGGCGGGCCAAACCCCCCAGGCGCGGGGGAAGGGGGCGGGACCCCGCGGGUGCUCGAACCAAUCACGAGGACGGCCCGCCCCUCGCCGCGCCUGGGCCGAGGCGAGCGGGAGCCGCGGGCGCUGCGGCGGGCAGAUGGGGCGCCGGGCGAGUACUUCAGCGUGGGCAGCCAGGUGUCCUGCCGCACCUGCAGGAGCACGCCUCCGGCGAAGGUCGUCGCCUUCGACUACCCCAGCAAGAUGCUGUGUCUCAAAUGCCCUUCGUCCAGUGGGAAGCCCAACCACGCAGACAUCCUGCUCGUAAACUUACAGUAUGUGUCAGAAGUGGAAAUAAUCAAUGACCACACGGAAACGCCUCCCCCCUUAGCUUCCCUGAACGUCAGCAAGCUUGCCAACAAAGCACGGACAGAGAAGGAGGAGAAGAUGAGCCAGGCAUAUGCAAUUAGUGCUGGUGUCUCCCUGGAGGGGCAGCAGCUCUUCCAGACUAUCCAUAAGACCAUUAAAGACUGUAAAUGGCAGGAGAAGAACAUAGUUGUGAUGGAAGAAGUCGUUAUUGCUCCUCCGUACCAGGUGGAAAACUGUAAAGGCAAAGAGGGAAGCGCUCUGAGUCACGUACGGAAAAUAGUGGAGAAACAUUUCCGGGACGUGGAAAGCCAGAAGGUCCUGCAGCGUUCACAAGCACAGCAGACACAGAAGGACACGUCCCUGUCAUCCUGAGGCCAUCUCGGGAUGAGAUCGCCCUGUCCCCGUUGUCCCCUCCCUCCCGGGAGGCGGCGCCGGGGGCACCUUCACGCUUUUAUUUCCUUUUUUUUUUUUUUUUUGGGGGGGGGGGAAUCUCAACUCAAAAUUCCAAACUUUAGAACUUAAAAAAAAAAAAAAAAAAAAAAA